AUGUGUGAACCUGGCUUUGGACUGUCUCCUCAGUGUGGUGAAAUAGUAAAACUAACUGACGUAAGCAAAAUAGGUUGUCGGCAAUGUCAAGUUGGAAAAACGUAUUCUGAUACCAAUAAAGAUUAUAGUUCUUGCAAGCCAUGUCAAAUAUGUCCAGACUCUCAUACAGUAGUGAGAAACUGCACUUUGAAAGCCAAUUCGGAAUGUAGUCGAGACUGUGGGAAGAAGUUCUAUUUUGAGGAAACAACAGGGUCCUGCAGGCGAUGCUCAUUUUGUUGUCAUGGAAAGAACGAAAAAAAAGAUGACUGUAAAGACAUGCCCUUCUACGAGCAGUGUGAUGCUAACGUCCCCCUGAAAACAAUUAAUGACUGUAAACCGAAAUGUAAAGAUAAUCAGUACAUUGUAAUGACCAAGAAUGGUUCACAUUGUGAGGACUGUAAACAUUGUCCUCUUGGAACUUCCCCAUCUAUAAAAUGUGGAAGUAUGGUGGAAAGUACUGCUGGCAUUAAAUGUUUAGGAUGUGUGGCAGGUCAGACAUUUUCAGACAAGCUAGACACUGGUUCCUGUAAAACUUGUACUAAAUGUUCUAUUGGACAAAAAGAACUGAUACCAUGUAAUGUGACAAGGGACAGAGUAUGUGGUGAGUGUGCUAAAGGUUUUUAUAAAGAUGACACUAGUAAUACAUGCAUGCCAUGUUCAGCAUGCUGUAAUGAUGACGAAGAUGUACAUGUUGAAAAAUGUGGAGAAGAAAACAUGCCACUAAGUCUGCAAUGUAGUUAUACUAGGAGAGCUAUCAGUGUUUGUCAACAAAAGAUACAAGAAAAUACAAAGCAGGAAGACUCCAGAAGCUUGUUAGCUGUUUAUAUAGCCGCUGGUGUUACAAUGGGACUUGUGACUUCAAUUCUCAUAAUGCUAUUGUUGAGGUGGAGACAUCAAAGGUACAAGAGGUUGUCAGGAAGUCAUUCACUUACAAUGCUACUUCCAUCUGAAGAAGAACAAGAAGAAGAAGGUUACUAUAUUCAUUAUUCAUCCAGUUAAAUAUUUUGCACUUUUUUAUAGGUUCAAAGCCCCCAACCGCUGUUGGCCAAAUUUAGAUGCUGUUAGCAAUGUACCAUCAAUCUAAUGGUAUAUUUUCUUGGAAAUGAGGUUGAACAAUGGUAUAUUAGUCUGGAAACGAGGCAUUCACCUCAGUGGAUAACAUUCUCCUGGAUUUGCAUAAUUCUUGACAUCAUACACAGUCUCAUUCAAUAUAAUUGCUAAAUACACUCCAUAUAUGUAGCAACAUGCAUAUUUUCCACACCAUUCUCUAAACAUUCUUUGUGAUUAGAGCGGUUUUCACUUGACUGUCGAAAGGGAUUGGUUUUGGUUUUGGUUUUGGUUUUACUACGCCCUUUGGUUGGCUAGUGUAUUUACUUUGGUUUUGGUUUUACGACAGUCAAGUGCAAACUGCUCUAUGUCAAGAAGAAAUUGAUAAGAAACCAUGAUACUUUUCAUUGGCAAUUAUUUACUUUACUCCCAUAACCUUAGUUAAUGUUUGAUUGAGCAGUGUUAGUUUUAAGGAGAAACAAGGUACUUGUCACGUGAAAGGCUUGAAGGACCUACCCAUUCCCUAAGCCAACAUUAACACUUACUUCUCACUUAGAACAAAAUAUUGGCUUAGGGGAGGGGUAGGUGGGCAGUUUCUCAGAAACGUAUAAAGAUCCUUUUAGGAUUACAAGACACAAAUGUAGCAAUGAUAAAAGUCUAAUCAGGUGGGGUGCUGCAGAAACUUCAACUCUAAAAUGUAGACACAAAUUUUUAUGGUAUUAUGGCUUCUAAUAUUUAAAAUUCAAAUCAAAUUUACACAAAUUGCCCAAUGACCAUGAAAAUACCAGUCUGCAUGCUUAAUUAAAUUAAGCUAAUAAUUAAGCUAAGAAUUAAUUAGAGAACACAGGAAAGAAGUAUUGAUGGUCAGUCUGUUUAUAUCCCUAUUGUGGACCUUGUCCCAACCAGAGCGACAAACAAUAGUACCAACCUGGAUUUCAUAUAUUUUUUGUUAUUUUCUAUUAUAGCAACGAGCCAUUCUGCCACAAAACUUGAGGAUCCAACAGUAAAUGUUUCACAGGAGACUUUAUCCUUUGAAAAAUGUGGAGUCUUACUUCAGUUCAAUGAUCCACAUAGCUUCUUUAAUGAUGCUCAACAGAUAAGAGUAGAAAUAUGUUGGGAUCAAACUUCUUUUCCCGCUUUGAAUCAAGAUGAAGUGAUACUCAGUCCCAUUAUUAAGUUUCACCCUUAUGGCAUAAGACUAUCCAAGCCUGUGCAGAUUAGAAUACCACACAGUGCACUAGUAUUUUUUACUCAUGGUUGGAAUAUAAAACUCAAAAGUUCAGCAUUUCAAAAUGAAAUAAAUGUAUGGAGGGAUGAUGAAGUGGAUGAAAUAAGUAACAAUGAUGUUUGCUACCAUGCGGAUUGUCUCCUAUCCUAUGUUGUUGUUGGUACACCAGCGUUCAAUUCCAAACCAAACAAAAAGCGUUUCAAGUGUGCAGUUUUUGGUGGUGAAGGCAAAGUUGGUGAGAACUAUACAGCAUAUCUGUAUGUGUUUGACGACUGCGAAGCAUCACUUGAGGUAACUUCUUGUCUGUGGCUUAUAGUUAACAGUCUCUGACNCCCCACCCCCUCCCAACGCUAUUGAUUAUCAUGGUCACAACAACCAAAAUAGUGUUACAAAAAAAUUCCAAGAAACCUCUUCACCAACUUGUUACAUGUAGACUACACGCAAAAGAUUAUCAUGUCUGUCCUUUAAGACUUCUUUUCUUAAUCUUCUUAAAGAAGAAUAAAUUCUAUGCUAUAUUUCACAUUAUUUCGUUCCAUUUUCAGAAAAUAAUGCAGGAAGAAAAGUCUAAAAAUAGGAUUCUUCUGGGAUCUCUUCAGUCUUUAUAUGUCGAGACUGUACAGGAUACUGAUAUCAAGAUUUCUGUUAAACAACUUGUUCAAGGAUGGAAGGAAGCAUGCAUAAAUCCACAGGUUAUUUAAUACUCUCUGCAAUGAGUCCUACAAAUUAUACAUUAGUUAUUAUUAAUGGUAUAUACUGUGUUUGUACAGCUUCUUAGACUAACGUUUGAUGCUGACAGGUGUCACUUCUGCAGGUUUAUAGAAGCUAAACUUAAUAAAAAAUAAAAAUUAGUGAUGGUUAUGACGAAAAAACAGGUUAGGUGCAUGAGUCUACAGGAGGUGUCUCCACAAACAAGUUCAUUAUAUUUUGUUAACCAUUUGUUUAAAAAAAUGAAUGAUUUAUCAUUAAUCAGAUAAUUUAAUGUUUUAGAAAUUAAGAGUGCAUGUACUGUUAAUAAUAAUAAUAAUAAUAAUAAUAAUACUAAUACACGUUAUUUAAAGAGGGUAGCACAGAAUAGUUACAGAAACUAGUAAACUUGUAGCCCUCUAUCUAAAUUAAAAUUACAAAAAGCAUAAGAUUCAGAAUAUACAAUGUCUAAGUACAAAAUAAAUAAAACUAAGGAAAUAUAAAAGUUCUGCAACAAUAUGAAUGAGUAUAAGAGCUAAUGAUACGGCUAGUGAAAUACAGACAAGAAUAUGUUUAUAUUUUUACACAGGUGAUAACACACAAGAGUUUGAAGGACUCCUACACAACAAUACCAAAAUCAGAGAUAUUGUUUGAACAUGACAAUGGUACAAACCGAGAUUUUCACUGUACUCUUGAACUAACAGCAGACAAUGCAGCAACAAAACUUUCUGCAGUGGCUUCAAUCAAAGAUGUGAGUUUCACUUAAAUUUAAUUUCAAACCUUUAUUCAGUGAACAUUUUCUUUACUGCUGAACAAAGGAGGCAAAUUCAUGCUUGAGUUGCAAAAUACAGUCAUUUCUAUGAAACUGUCUGCACAAACAAUAAACCCAUUUAAAUGUGUGUUCACACUGGAAUAGAAUGCAGGAAAGGCCUACAUCAAACAAAAAUAAUACUGGUAUAUAAAAAAUUAAUGUAGAAAAUUGAGGUAGGCAUAAUACAAUGUAUAACAUGUACCUUUAAAAUAACAUCAAUUUGAAUUUUCUGCAGGAUCCAUUUAGGAGAUACCAAGAGAGCCACCAGGGCCUCGGUCAUAAUGAUCUGAUGGUGACUGGGAGAAAUCUUUGUGGUAAGCUGUUCUGCCUACAAGAUAGACAUGUUUACUGAGGCAUUAGCCAACCUUUAACAGCACACUAUAUCCUACACUGCACCACAUACAUUCUAAUAAUAUAUUAUAGACUUAACUUGCUUACAACCUGGGCUUCUUACAGUCAGGUCUUAGCUUAUCACUUACAUACAAAAUUGAAGUUUGAUUGAAGCCAUUCUAAUUCAAAAUAACUAAAUAUGAAACAGUUCAAGGUAUACAUACGGCUAAAAUGGGCAACAAAAUGACCUGUCUUGAAGUAUUUUAGCUUCUUUUCUUUUCUUGGUUUUGAUCAUUGUAGAAUUUAAAAUGUAUCAAAAUAUUUUCCCCUAUUGUGUAGUCAGUUUCACACAAAUCCUGAGUAACCAACUGGCAACUUACAACUGAUGCUAAUCUUGUAGAUCCCUUGAUCACCGAUGAGAGCAGACCAUCAAUUUGCUUCCAUGAAAUUCCAAAGGAGGUACUACGAGCUGUUGCCAUGAAACUGGACCUGUCAUGCAGAGGUGUGGGAAACUGGAGACACGUUGCAGUACACCUAGGCUUCACAGAAAAGGAGAUUAAUGACUUUAGAGCAGAAUUGUUGACUCCUGAUGGCAGUCCAUGUACAGUGAUGCUUCAUGCUCUUCAAGAAAAGCAACCAAAGUUUACUGUAGCAGAGUUUGUACGCAUUCUACAAACUCGCAAAAUUCAGCGAUUUGAUGUGGUCAAUAUCCUAGAGCCUUAUGUGUAUGAGCUCAUUUCCAGUUUUUCUGAAAAAUAAGAAAAUUCUCAACUGUACUGAUGAAGGAUAACCUGAAGAAAAAGAGUACCAAUAACACAACAAAUAAUAAAGAUGCUGUCAGAUAUCAAAAAUAAUACAAUUCCCCGCCCCCCUCCCAGAUUGCAUGAUGCAUAAUUAUAUUGUUAAAUAUAAUUGUGGGUCUAUGUGGGUAUGCAAGUACAAGGAUAUAAAGACCUACAUGUCAAUUGCUUCAUUGCCAAGGUUUCAUCUUCAUUUUACUUACUGGUAGAGCUUAAUGUUCUAUUAAACUUGUGUAUUCAGUGUUUGACAGAAUUUCUCAAAAUAAGAACCCGAUCAAACUUGUAGGUGAAACCAGGUUCUUAUGUAAAAGGGGUCUAAAUGGACAAUCUUAGCCUAACAGGUUCUUCUGUUAGAAUCUAGGUUCUUAAACACAGGUUUUUACUGUAUUGACUGGUAUAGAGUGCAUUUCACACAUCUGUGUUAAUGAGAAUGAUAUUAUAAUAACCACCACGAUAUAGGGAUCUAUAUCUACUACAAGCAUAAACCAAACUAGGCCAAAAAUCGUUUUGAUCAACUUUGGAGUUAACGAAUGGGACAAACUUGUACUAGAAGUAACACAGUCACAGGAUUUACCUUUUGUGAACAAUUCUAAACCAAGUAAUCUGAAGUAAUUUUGUUUUUUUUUUUCACCUUUUUUAUGAUAUUAACUUCAUUUUCCUAAAAUUACCAGUUUCAUGAAAAAGAUCACAGCAACCCCAACCCCCUAUAUAUCACGUGAGUGAGUGUAGGUUCCUGCUUGAUAAAUUACUGAUUUUAUUGUUUAUUUCGUUUUCUCUACUGUCAUCAAAAUUAAAUAAGCCCCAUAGGGGCCAUGUUUUAAUAUUAAUGCCCACCAACAAUGGGAUCACAGCUGUCUUUUAAGCUGGGCUGACCUAGGUACUUUGUAUGCAAAAUAAAGUUAACUUUAUAUCAUCAAUAGCUGUCAUACUUCCCGUGUUGUGAUUAAUACUUUUAUGUUUAACUGUCAUUUUCACACACAACCCAUAAUUAAAAAUAAAUCACAAUAAAAGGAAAUUAAAUAGCAUUCCUGAAUAAGCUGGAAGGUGACAAGGUAGAGUUAGAAGGGUCCCUCUUCCCUACCCCUGUAUUGGUGCUCACAAAGCCUUGACAUAUAUGUUUACUUUCUGCCACAAUAGGCCAUUUGCAUAAAGAGGUCAUGAGACAUCAUUUUUAUGAAUGAAACUUAAACAAAAGAAUAGUGAUUUAGUCUUUCAAACCCACACCAUUUUCUUAAAAUGAGUAAGUUCGUAGCUGGUCAUGUGACCAAAAUGUGUUUUUUAAAAUUAUGAAUUACCUCUUUCUGAACACAAAUUUUGCACUUAAACUUCAAGGAUAAUGUUGAAAAGAUGACGUAGUAACGUUUACAGCACAUCUGAGCGUAACUAUCAUAAUUUACGUUUAACAAGAUACAAGCACAAAAGUAGUUUUGGCUGCCAUGUUGGAGGGCAACAGCAUGCCCUCCAACAUGGCGGCCAAGACAAAUAAUACUUUGUUGAAAAAUCAAAGUACCAUAAAAUUAAUCUCUCCCUGGAAUGUGUUUCCUCUCAAAAUUUGGAUGUAAGAUAAUUUUUGUCAAUUUUCGGCAUCAGCAAGAUUCCAAAUCAUUGUUUAUAAAGGAAGAAUUGGAGACUAUGAUUAAUGACUUGACAGGGAAUAAGCCACGGCAUCAUCCCAGAAUGCAAAAAGGCCUCUGCAGAGGAGAGAGCUCUUAGUCCAGAUGGCUUAUUCCCUAUCAAGUCAAUAAUCAUAGUCUCCAUGAUUUCCGUGUGUACUUUGCCCCUCCUAUCUUGAAACGUUCUGGUAAUGCCAGCCCUUUUCCCUUCCUUUUCUCGCAUUUUUAAAGGUAAUCAUUUUUGUUGGUAACAUUGCGGGCGCCACAAUUCCACCUCAUUUGAAUUUUGAUACGGUCGGAAGAACAUAAAUGGCUAGAUUAUCAUAUGCACUUAAUCUGCAGGUUGUUUAGAUUUAUCGUGAAAUGGGAUAAUCCAAAACAUGUCUGAGCAAAGCUUGCCCGAUAUUUAACUCCUUAGCUUUAUAUUGUCCUUUUUCACCCUACAAACCAAGUGUGCAUUCCACUUCCAAGAGCAUGUGAACUUUCGAUUUUCAAGUGUCCAGGGAAUUCCCCGCACCUUUGUUUCAGUCGAAGCAAGCCGACGGAUGACAGCCGUGCCAUGUUAUUGCGUAUUUCAUUUCUGUGGAUAAUCUCUCGAGACUACUGCAAAUUCGAAACGACUUUAAGCCUUUUCUUGACUGUGAAAACUACAGAAAUGAUGUGCAAUUAUAGCUUAUAGUGCUUUGGGCAUUCUUCGAACAUUCCGUCGCUGUACAAAGUUUUCGCGCCAAUUCCUUUGCAACAUAUGAUGUGUCUCGGGUUUCUCAUGUGACUCAUUAUUGCGUAUGAACUGUCACUUGCUUGAACAAAGAAAACCCUUGUUUAUUGGCUACUAAAAAUGACGUCUCCUAGAAAAACCAAUCAAUGUUCAUGUAAACAGACGCUCACUGCCAUAAAUUACGGUCAUUCAUCGUUCGAAAUCACCUGGCUUUUACUCACGUUAGAGCAAGGUUCAAACUUCGUGGCAUUUCUUUUUUCCACUUUAUCACUUCCAUUCACCUUCUGAUCCUGUUACAGCCGCAAAACGGAUAGCAACGAACUUACCAUGCAAGAUGGAGAGUUUUCUGACAUCUUUUGCACGAGUAAGCGGUUAGCACAUCCCUCGCACCUUCGUUUUGUUGGCAUUUACGUUCUGAAGAAGGAAGUCGUCGGAAAUGGUAAGUUUAACGCUCAACCGUUACUUGUAUUAUCAAAUUAUUCAAAGCGUUUUCUUCUUAUAAUUAUUUCAACAUGAAGCUUUACUUCUCUUGCGAACAUUGUUUGGAACCCUUGCCCUAAACAAAAGCAACGCUCAGCUAACAUCGUAGCUUAUUACCUAACAUAAAAUUCACUUCCACACUUGCAGGGGGAUAACGAACACCAAAUUUAUCGAAGACGUCAAAAUAGUUAUGGAUCCUUUAAUUUGAAGGUGAGUUUACGUCCUUUUUGUUAUUAUUUUUUCAAAAUUUAUUUUUGUUUUACUCCCAUAAUCUGUUAAGAGAUUGCGUAGUUCUGUUAGUUUAGGAAUGUGCUUCGUAAUUGAAAUUAUCAAACAAGCUUACUUAUCGGGAAUUUCAGUUCUACAACCUGACCAAGGUCGUGAAGACGACUAAAUAACUGUAGUACCUAACUCGUGCAGAUUUUAUUCUCUCAGCCCUACAAUAUUCCUACAAUUUUAUGGUGUAAAAGGUUUUACUGAAAUUAGUUAUGGAUUGCGCAACGAUUGUUGAUGAAUGUGACUCCGAUUUUGUACGUCGAUCGUCUUCAUCCCUCACAAGACUGCAUACACGAUACACUUAACGUUAGGGAGAGACAGUUUUAGCCAUCUAAAUACUUCUGUUUAGAACUUCUACUUUCGAAUCGCUGCCUUUAAAAUCGCGGCAAAGUAAUGUACACGUAAGUUUACAUCGUGCUACCAUGUUUGUUUUUACAUGCAAAUGAGUCUUGUGACUUCCGGGUAAUCUUUGAUCAUGCUCAGAGCAGUGUCAGAGAAAGCGUCACAAAACGGAAGCGUUAUUUAUUUAUUUAUUUUUUCAUCAGUAUCGAUCCUUCUUUGGAGACAGUCAUACUAUGUAAACAAACAAACAUUUAUUCUGGAUUUUGGAUUAAAAAAUUACCAAGUUCUUCGAAAUCAGGUUUAUUUCAAUAUCCCAAUUUUUUUACUUUAAUACAGACUUUAUUGCUUUUUGCAGGUGUUAAUUCCACUACUUAUUUUUUUGGAACUAAGUGUAGUUGUGCCUAACGUCAGGGUAAGUUUCUUAGUAUCCUUGUUACUACUUUUUGGUAGGACUGUAACAAUUACUAAUAAAGUCAAUAGUAAAGUGUGCUGUUAUGGCUGGUUACAAUUUUUAUUGCAAAGCUGAUUGUUCUUUAGAGUGUUGGAAUACCCUUUGCACUGUUAAAAGUACAGGGAGAGAAUAUAGUUCUCACAGUUAGUGGCUAUCGCUGUUUCAAAAGUGUUUUUCAUGUAACAUUUUUUUCUUAGUUUGUGGAGUCAAAUUUUAAGAUUUAUUUGAUUGUUUUACUUUAACUGAUAGUGCAUGAACAGCAGUAUGUCACUUGCUUAUUUUUGUUUAUGUCGACAUAGCUUUCCCACCUAAUAUUUGGGGAAGCUGUGUGUGAAUCCUACGUUUACUUGAGUUAAGCUGCCACCUCUCAAUUACAUUUGUAUGCCGCAAUUAGCUGUAAAAAUAUUAAUAUGCAUUUCCUUUUAAUAUAUGCCAAACAUUAACAGCAACAGUGCACUGAACACUUUUUAAUUUUCAUAAAAAAUUUUAAUACUGAUGAAACUUAUUUGAAGGAAAAUAGACCUUAGCAACUGUUAUGUUUCUUUCACUUUUCUUUACUGCACUAUCUUACAGACUAUUAUUUGCAAUAUUGGUUAGGAAAUUUAUAUCUUAACUAAAAGUACCACCCCAGAAUAAUGGGCACCCUCACAUAGGUGCCACACUUAAAGGUUGAAAGGGUUAGUGCCAUAGCACCUGUUUAAGCAGAAAUGAGGUAAACUUGCUCAUACUUUGUUUAAUCACACUGCAUCUCUCCACAGAGCAUUCUAAAUUUCUGAUACAUUUUGUAGGCAACAAAUCAAUGUACUGAGUUUCAGUUCCUGGUACGUAAUACAGAUGGGACAACUUCUUGUGAGGAUUGUGAACACUGCCCUCCUGGUCGAGGACUUUCGCAUGAAUGUGGUACAGAAAUAUCAGGAGAUACAAUGAUUCACUGCAUACCAUGCAGUGAAGGCCGCUCGUUCUCCACCAAUUAUGACACUUCUAGCUGUAUUCUGUGCAGUGCAUCCUGUUCAGAAGAUCAGUUGGUUAAUAAAACUUGCACAACAACAUCAGAUGUCAAGUGUGCAAAGCAGUGUAACAGUAAGGACAGGUAAUGCUCUUGCAAAUUUAAAAAAUUAAGGCUUAAUUUUUAUCAAGAUUAAGACUUACUUAAUGGCAUUUCUAGUUCUUUAUCACUUUCAUGAUGACUGUCAAUCUAUCAUAUAAUCAGUUGUUUUUGUCUUGACAUACCAAUCCCCGUUUUCAGUUUGCAUUAUCUGGCAUGUACCCUAAAGUGUUCUCAGCUGUUCUACUUAGGUCUGUUGCAACCCAGUUCAGUGAAUAUGUAACUUCUUUGUUCUUAAGGACCUUGCUUACUAAUCAAUAUAAUUGCUAUUGGCAUGUUUGUAGUGUUGUACCUUUUUUGUUGUAAUUGACAGCUUGACAGGUUUAGCUUUGGUUUAUCUUGUGCACAAAAUGAAGAUUGCAUGUGCACUAAAGGACCUGGCUAUAUAGCUAGUCGUAAGAGGCUGAAAAGGAUACACUUUUAAAUUUUAAUCACUUUUAUAGUUACAAUGGUUCUCUAGCUUUAUAUGUAGUGUUGUUAACUCUACAGGUAUUAUGAUGAAGUAAUUGCUGACUGCAAACGUUGUUCAAAGUGCUGUGGAGAUGCUCAAGAUGUUAUCGAAGAGGAAUGCAAAAGUAAAAUGGGGGCUGCUUCAAACAUGAUCUGCUCUUUUCAAAGCAGUGUAAAUCGGUGUGACAGAGAUACUGAUACCCUAACACCAUCUCCACAAGAAACCAGAGCAUCUCAAACUGAGGCAAAUGCAAGUGCAUCCCCUGAGAAUACCACAGAAUCCAAAAACGCAUCAACAGCAGCAUCUUUGAACAAAACAACAACAUCUCAAAAAGAUAGAGCAACAGAGUUUCCAAAAGUGACCACUGUCGUUCAGAGCACCCCUUUUCCUGCCCAUUUUACACAAAAUGUAACAGGCACCUUUAUAUCAUCUGGAGAUAUAAGGAGUUUGCAGGAUUCAUCUAAAGCAAAGCUUGCCGACAACCAAGUUGGAUUAAUUGUUGGUAUAACCGUGGAAGUGGUGUUGGUUCUAGUAAUCUCGGGUGCUUUAAUUAGUUAUUGCUUAUUGUCAAAGUCAUACUCUUGCUCAAAAGAUCCAGAAAAAGGAGUGUACAAUUCAGUAAAUGAUACUGCACCUUGUCCAGUGGNAGUUGGAUUAAUUGUUGGUAUAACCGUGGAAGUGGUGUUGGUUCUAGUAAUCUCGGGUGCUUUAAUUAGUUAUUGCUUAUUGUCAAAGUCAUACUCUUGCUCAAAAGAUCCAGAAAAAGGAGUGUACAAUUCAGUAAAUGAUACUGCACCUUGUCCAGUGGCUAUCAAAGGUAAUCUUUUUAACUACCUAAUUGUGUGUGUAUUGAGCUGUGAUUACUAUAAUAACCCAGACCUGCAAUAGCUGGUAUUAAGCCUUGACAUGCUGAAUGGAGCUCCGAAAAUUCGGUCGUGAAAUAGCAGCCCUUUUGAUUCUUUCUUUCUUUAAAUCUGCACGGUGUCCUGUUUUUCUGGCAACCAGUAUUUAAUGCCUGGUGAUCAUUUUAUGAUUUUAGGUCAUCACUGAACCCAUACAAUUUUGGUACAAUAUGUGAGGUUAAAAGAGCUGCACUUAUUUUCAGGAAAAGAUCAAAUUAUUAGUCAGUGCACAUGUAUAUUAACUAUUCCAGCUUCAACUAGUAAUAUGGACAAACUAGGUUUGGGUAGUAAUCCCAUAGCUAGAGAAAUAAUUAAACUACAAACAAGGAGUAAGGAACAUUUUUCUAAGUCUGUAUGUCAUCGCCUUUUUUUUUUUUAGUUUGUUGUUAUUGUAGAUAUAAAUACCCUUACAUUUCAGGAUUGUGUAUUUGUAAAAUUUUGUUGCCAGUGAAUCCAUGAAUUGAUUGUUUUUCCAGGAGACCCGCAUACUAGAGAAAAAAAGCCUUGGAAAGUAAAGUGGACACAAUCAAAAUCAGAAUCAAUUGAUCCACUGUGUGAGAAGGUACAUUUAUUGUAACUAAACAAGUCUUCUACUAUGAACAUUAUACAUAGGUACUUGAGAAAAUGAAAAACAAAAUACAUGUAGUCUCUAACAAGCGUGCUACUAAAUAUAAGUAAAGAAAAAAAAGGUCAAAUAUGAAAUCAAGUUAUCUGUUAAUUAUUUACCAAACUUGUAGCUCUUCAUUCAAAUGUGGCUGAGAAAGAAAUGUCUGUCACUCUGUAGUUCACCUUUAAGUCAUUAAUCCUGAACAAUUUAAUAUGAGUGCAAGGGGUCUCAUUGAAUUUGAUCUAUAAAUUUCAUGCCCUCAAUCUUUUAUUCAAUUUUACAGAAUCCAGAAGGUCUAGUAUGUGCUCGUCAGAAUUCCACUCAGAAAGGUACAGCUACUUCAUUAAUAAAUCCCCAUGAAAGUUUGAUUCUAAAAGCUGUAUAAUUUAGUUGUUAUUGGAAAUACUUAAUUUGACAGUUGCUUACCCUCAGACCUCAAACCUGUUAUGCUUUUGGGCAAGGACAUUACAUUACAUUAUCAGACUAAUAGUUAGGCUGUGGAAUAUGAAAAGACUACUGCAUUUCCUUUAAGGCGUGAAGCUGCUUUUACUAGUCAAGAAACUUAACUUUCUAACUUCCUCUUACAGUGCUGUGAUUCUAAAACAGGUGUGAUUCUAAUAAGGGUCAUCACGACGUGUUGACAAUCAAUUCAUUCACUACAUAGUAUUGUUGACAUUCUGUACAUUCACUAUUUGUGAUCAUUGCUUUUAGAGCCCAAGCUGCUAGAAAGCCUGCUUAGCCAGGAAUCCACCCUUCAAGCGGUCUGUGAAAGGCUGGACACCUUUGUACGUUUGGGUGGUGACUAUAGAGCAGUGGCCAAGUAUUAUGGGUUUAACUAUUAUCAGAUAAGCUCAGUGCUUGGUCAAGCAACUUACCCGGGAGAGCCCACAAAAACCAGAGCACUGAUUGUGUCACUUGCAUCUUCCCGUCCAAACCUAACAGUUAAGGAGUUUGCAACUGUAGUGGAGGAGAAGGCCAAGAGAAAAGAUGUCAGUCGUCUGUUGAGGGCCUAUGACAUGGCAGAAGAGGCUACUGAAGAAGAGUAAAAGUUUUUGCUAUAAGAAGUGCUGUAAGGGUGCAAAGGUCUCCUAUUGGGCUUAAACAGUGAACCUGGGUUACCUGUGCUUAAGGUUGUAAUAAGUGCAGUUUUCAUUCUUUUUUGAUUCUGUAGAUUUUGUUAGUAAACAUGUGGGUAUCUACGUUUUACAAUUACUUCAGUUUUUAACAUUGUUCGACUCUAUAGGUUCAUUAAGAACAUCUUGUCGAUUGUAGAUAGAAUACUUAAAAAGGGCUUCUAUUAUACUACUGAUAUCUUAAUUUUCGUAAGUUGUACAUGUUUUUCCUAACGUCGUAGAUAUAUAAAUUACAAAAUAUUACUGAUGCUGUAGUGACGGGCAUCGUUUUUUAGCCAUG